AUGUCAUACUCAGAGCCUACGGUAGCAUUCAUUGGGUGUGGAAAUAUGGGAGGCGCCAUCCUACACGGCGUGCUCGAUGCUGCAUUCUCAAAUGAAUCAAACUCCCAGCGGACACGACCAGUAUCCAAAUUUGUUGCUUGCACAAAAACUGCCGCCUCAGCGGACCGGUUAAGAGCUUCCAUCCCAACUGAGCAGCGGCCUCAUGUGGAAGUGAUUUCUUCGCAAGCUGUCCCCGUUGAGGUUAUGAAGAAUGCCGAUAUUGUCGUGCUCGGCUUCAAGCCAUUCAUGGCAGAAGACGUUCUACGAACCAAGGGCGUGGAAGAAGCCCUCUCUGGUAAGCUGGUCAUCAGUUUGCUGGCCGGACAGACGCCGCAGAAUCUGGCCAGGAUUAUCCGUGGGAACGCGGUAGAUUCGUUUGGAAACGACAAUCCAGAUACUACUCCCUCUGCCAUGGACCCUGUUAUCGUCAAGGCUAUUCCAAACAUGGGCGCACAAUUUCGUCAGUCGGUUACCAUCAUUGAGACGCCUGAAAAUGCAAUUCCCACGCAUAUGACCGAGGUCGUCGAGUGGAUGUUCAAGCAAGUUGGUGAGAUCAAGUACCUUCCUCAAAGCCAAAUGGACCUUGGUUCUGUGCUUGUUGGUGCCGCGCUCGCAGCCAUGACUGUACCCAUCGAAGGAAUUCUGGAUGGAUGUGUGGCUGAAGGACUGAAGCGAUCCGAUGCGAUGGAGAUGAUGCUUGGCGGUCUACGGGGACUCUCUGCUGCUCUCGAGUCUGGUAUUCAUCCCGCGGUUCUUCGUGAGAGUAUCUCCUCCCCGCGGGGGUGCACUAUUCAAGCUCUGUUGACUCUGGAGAAGGCUGGAAGUCGGGCAGAUUAUGCCGAGGCAAUUAUCAAUGGUACGCAGCACUUGAAGAAAGCUGAUAAGAAGUGA